AGAGCCGAAGAUGUUGGGCUCAGUCAUGUGAUCAGCUGUGUCCAAUCACAGCUGAUCACAUAAGUGCCACCUGACAGUGCUUAUCAGUGCCAAGUGCCAAUGCAAAUCAGUGCCACGUGCCAAGUGCCAAUCAGUGCCACAUCAAUGCCACAUAUCAGUGCAUAUCAAUGCCACAUAUCAGUGCCCAUCUGAGCUGCCUUUUCAAUGUCACCCAUCAGUGCCAGUCAGUGCCACCUAUCAAUGCCAAUCAGUGCCACCUAUCAGUGCUUCCAAUCAGUGCCAACUAUCAGUACCAGUCAGUGUCGCCUAUCAGUGUGCAUCAGUGCCAAUCAGUGCCACCAAACAGUGCCAUUCAGUGCCGCCUAACAGUGCCAGUCAGUGCCGCCUAACAGUGCC